AUGAAAAACAGAGAACGUGGCGGUGGAGGUUUUCGUGGCGGCCGCGGCGGUCGCGGCGGUGGUGGGCGUGGCGGCCGGGGAAAUCGUAAUGGUUUUGGUGACCGUAAUGAUGGAGACAGAAAUGGAGAUGAUGACAAUGGUUUCAAUAACAACAAAGGCGAAAACGAGGGCGAGCAGAAACAGCGUGAGUUUUACAUACCUCCGGAACCCACUGAUAAUGAAGACGAGAUCUUUAGUAGUGGAAUCUCAUCGGGAAUAAAUUUCUCCAAAUAUGACAAUAUACCAGUCCGGGUGUCAGGCGAAAAUGCUCCGCUACCACUUAAAUCUUUUGAUAAUGCCGGCUUGCGCGAUUUGAUCAUGGAUAACGUGCGUAAGUCCGGAUAUAAGGUACCUACACCUAUACAAAAAACUGCUAUACCAGUGAUUAUGGAUGGGAGAGAUUUGAUGGCAUGCGCUCAAACGGGAUCAGGGAAAACAGCUGCAUUCUUGCUCCCUAUAAUCAAUGGAAUUCUGGGAGAGAGUUGUGAUUUGUCAAUCGGUAAACCGCAGGCGGUGAUUGUUUCUCCUACUCGCGAGUUGGCAAUACAAAUUUUCUCUGAGGCCCGAAAGUUUGCGCUGGGUUCCUAUUUGAAGAUAAGCAUUGUUUACGGUGGCACUUCAAGCAAACAUCAAGGCGAAAAUAUCGCAAAAGGCUGUCACAUUUUGAUAUGCACUCCGGGUCGUUUACUGGACUUCGUCGAAAAGGGUUUCAUAACAUUUGAGGAGACGCGUUACGUAGUGCUCGAUGAAGCCGAUCGAAUGAUGGAUAUGGGUUUCAAGGAAAAUGUAAAUACAUUGAUGCAUCAUCCGACAAUGCGCCCUAUGGACGAACGCCAAAACUUGAUGUUCUCUGCUACUUUCCCCGAGGAGAUACAGCGCCUGGCUGGCGAAUAUUUGUCCAAUUAUAUUUUUAUUACUAUUGGUGUGGUUGGUGGCGCCUGCUCCGAUGUUACCCAAGAGAUUUUUGAAGUUAAAAAGUUCCAGAAACGGUCUAAACUGAUGGAGUUGCUGGGCGAAAGCAGUGACGGGACAAUUGUAUUUGUUGAAACCAAGCGUGGUGCAGAUUUUCUGGCAUCUCUACUAUCGGAAACUGAGUUCCCAACUACUUCUAUCCAUGGCGAUCGCCUGCAGCGUCAACGAGAAAUGGCUUUAGCAGAUUUCAAAUCCGGAAAAAUGAAAGUGCUGAUAGCAACUUCAGUCGCUGCUCGUGGCUUAGAUAUUAAGAACGUUAAACACGUUAUCAAUUACGAUCUUCCUAAUUCCAUCGAUGAAUAUGUCCAUCGUAUUGGUCGUACGGGCCGCGUUGGUAACAAUGGACGCGCAACUAGUUUCUUCGAUCCCGAACAAGAUUCGGCCAUGGCCAGUGAUUUGGUUAAAAUUCUUGAAGGUGCAUCGCAGGAAGUGCCCGAAUUUCUCCGAUCAUGUUCCGGUGGAGGUGGCGGUGGUGGGUAUGGCAAUUCGCAAAGUAGAUUCGGCGGUCGAGACGUACGAAAAGGUGUUCAGGUAAGAAAUUAUAGGGCGUGACCCAAUUACAUGGUU